UCAAGCUCCAACAGUGAAGAUCUCCAGGGCAGGCAGGAUGGACUGGAUGGGAGACAGCCAGCUUGAAGCCAUUCUGGAGUCCGACGGGGAGUCCUCCGAGGACGGAGACACGGCGAUGGAUGAAGCCAUUCUCCAGGAGAGGGAUGAAGCCCAGGCGAAGCUGUCUGAGUUUGAGCAAGCCUCGCAGAAGCUGCUGGCCGAGAUGUUGGCCCUGGAGACGGAGUAUGAGAUCGAGAGGUCGUGCCGGGAGCAGGCAGAAGUCUACGCUGCCCAGGUGAGCCAGGAGAAUAAGCAGCUGAAGCGCAUCAGCCUGGCACUGAUGCCCAUGCUGGACCAGCUCCCUGGAGACCUGCUGGAUUUGGCCAGCAAAGUGGAGUCCACGCCGGACGCCGGCCCUGAGCCCCUGCAGCAGCUGCGAGAGCUGCAGGAGAAGAUUUCCACGCUGCUGGGGGAGAAGAAGGAGCUGAGUCUCCAAGUUCAGGAGCUGCAAGGGGAGACCAGAGCGCUCAGGGAGCAGGUCGAAGAGGAGCGCGAGGAGCGGAGGACCCUCCAGGCUGCCCUGGACAGGAGCCAGCGGGCCCUGAAGACGCUCAAGAGAAUGUCCCAGAGGGUCACGCAGGACUACGGCAAUAUACUGCAGCAGCUGGAGCUGGAACAGGAUUUACGGCAGCAUGCGGAGGUCUUUGCCCACCAGAUGCUGGUGAAGCAGAAGGAAGCCAACCGGCAGAGCCUGAUCCUGAUGCGGAGCGCGGACCCCAGCGCCCAGCUGCUCAAGGCACUGGAGGAGGUGGCUGCCCUGACACAGAUGGUGGAGGAGGCCAAGCAGGAGCAUCUGGAGAAGGUGCAAGGGCUGGAGGGGCAGCUGAAGGUCAGACCCCAGCAGGAGCAGCUGGACGCAGCCCAAGCUGCCCUGGCCAGGGCAGAGGAGGAGACCCACCAGCUGCGCCAGCGGCUGCAGGAGGCCGAGGAGAGGAACGCGGCACUGACCGAGAAAAUUCAGCACUUGGAGGGGAAGCUGGCGGGAGCCCCAGUGAUGGAGCCCAAGGAGCUGGAAGAGGCUCCUGCUCCCCCACCACCACCACCACCCCCACCUCCGCCCUUGCCACCCACGGACCUGUCCACCCCAGCAGAUCCCCUCUUGCUGAUCAAGCAAAGGAAGGGAGUCCGAAAACAGAUGCCCGGGAAGCCCAGGGUGGAUGAUGCCAAAGCCCGCGCCGUGGAUGAAAUGAUGGCAAGGAUCAAGAGUGGGGUGGUGCUGCGGCCGGCGAGGCGGGAUAAGAUGGCGGUGGCCCAGGAUCCCUCCACGACCGCCAACAAGCGCAAGAGCACUGCGAUGGAGCUGCAAGGGAUCCUGGACACCAUGAAGAAGCCGAGCAGGAAGUCGAGCUGGCGGAAGAAGAGCGUGAGGAUCUCCGACAACCAGCUGGAGUCCAUCCUGCAGAGACGGCGCCGUAUGGUGGACUUGUCCACCGCAGCCCAGGGCUUCGCACCGGAGGCAACAGCAGAGCACAGAAAGGAGAGUCCCGAGCAAGGUGAUGGUGCCCACCCCAGGCUCCGGAAAGAACAGACAUGCGCUCCCGUGAAGACAGAGCUGAGUAGCAAGCCUUCAGGAAAGCAGGCAAACAGCUCCGUUAGCUGGAGCGGGUGAUGCGCCGGCAUGGAGAGGACGUCACUGCCGUGCCGUGCCCUGCUCCCGAAGAGGAGAGCACGGGACCCUCGGCUCUCGCACGCUGCGGCACCCUGCCGAUGCAAUGCCCUUAGCGCCCUGCUCCGCCUGCAUCCUCCCCCUGCGAUCGUGCAAUGGCUCGGGUCCUGCUCAGAGGCCAAGGAUGGCUCCAAGAUGCGUGCAGUCAGGGGAACAUCCCAUUCACCUGGGCAUCCCAGCUUACUCCUUCGGUCUCUGGAGAGACUGGGUGAUGCACUCAGAAAUGGGGAGCCACAGCGGACAGUGGCACACGGUUUAUCAUGAUUGUUGCUCCCGGGGGAUCCAGUCUCUCUUCCCAGCACGUGGCUCCUCUCCCGCUGCUGCUGUUCUUUGCUCAUGUGCAUGGCAGGGAGGGAAGGUCAUCCUCAGAGCACUGUCUUUAUUUUCCAAGCCUGAAGAUAAUUGCGCAUGCUUCCAAGGAGCACUGGGUUUCAGAUAAAGAAGAUUGCAGCCUGGAAGGGCACCGGAUGGAGCACAUUCAAAUCUAACCCUCCGGGUCAUUCGUAGGUCCAAAAGAGCUCACUUAGCCGUGUCGAGGCAGCUCCUCUUUGGGAAGACCUGUAUUAUGCUCAGAGAUAUGGCUGGAGCCCAGGUGAACCCACCUAUGUUAGCUUUCAGCAGACUAGUUUGGAUACUAGUGGAGUUGCGGCAGCCUGGAUUUAGCACAGAUUUCAUAGAUUUCAUAGACAUUAGGGCUGGAAGGGACCUCGGAAGAUCAUUGAGUCCAGCCCCUUGCCUAAAGGGCAGGAAGUCAGCUGGGGUCAUAGGAUCCCAGCAAGAUAAGCAUCCAGUUUCAUCUUGAAGGUGUUCAAUGAAGGCGCUUGAACAACCUCCGGUGGCAGGCUGUUCCAGACCUUGGGGGCUCGGACAGUAAAGAAAUUCUUCCUUAUGUCCAGCCUGAAACGAUCUUGUAGUAGUUUGUGACCGUUCGACCUCGUCAUCCCUUGGGGCGCUCUGGUGAACAAAUGUUCCCCCAGAUACUGGUGGUCACCCCUGAUAAACUUGUAGGUGGCCAUCAGAUCACCCCUGAGCCUGCGCUUUUCCAGGCUAAAGAGCCCCAGGGCUCUCAGCCUGUCAUCGUAGGGUCUGCUUCCCUGAGCUCUGAUCAUGCGCGUGGCUCUUCUCUGGACUCUCUCAAGCUUCUCCACAUCCUUUUUGAAUUGUGGAGCCCAAAACUGGACGCAGUACUCCAGCUGCGGCCUCACUAAGGCCGAGUACAAGGGGAGAAUGACGUCCCGGGAUUUGCUUGAGAAGCAUCUAUGGAUGCAAGCCAGCGUUUUGGUCGCUUUACUAGCCGCAGCAUCGCAUUGCAGGCUCACGUUCAUCUUGUGGUCAAUGAUGACCCCCAAGUCUCUUUCUUCCAUAGUGCUAACCAACAUAGCACUGCCGAGCCUAUAAGGAUGCUGCGGAUGCUAGCAGGACGUGGAUGCAGGUCCGACUUGCUUUGGAUGCUGCUGACUCUCAAUGCAGAAGGACGAGUGGAGGUGAUCAUAGAAAGGGCGUUUUCCUGCAAAACGGCUGGCUGCAGCAGUGCGGGGGGUUUUCACAUCCUAUAGCAAGACACCCCUCAUUGUAUACAUGAGCCCCGUGUCUUUUUAACUGGACAGUAAGUUAAAGAAAGUGCCAUAAAGAAACAGGAAUUGAGUUUAGAUGCAGGCAUCUCGGUCUCUCUUAUCCCUUCUCUGGCCUUCCCGAGCGUGCCCUCCUGCCUCUCUCCGAGGUUGGCGUGCUGCACGUCUUCUCUUAGCCCAAUGCCCUGAAGAUCCUACUGGACUUGAAGGCAUGAGCUUGUGACCAGAGGUGAAUACAAUAACUGAAAGGAGCCUUCUUAAAAUAAAGCACUGAUCAAUCUUAACAGCAGGGGAAAAGCCUAAUUUAAAACAAUAAAAGAUCCAUAUAUCUGACUCCUGUAAUCCUAGGAAGGCUUAUCUUACCCCAACCUCCAAUCCUUUGGGGUCUGGGUGCCUGUUGGCCUGUCUGUCCGUCCCUCCCUCCUUCCUUCCUGUCUUUUUUAACCCAGUCUGAGGUCUUUCUCCUGAUUUCCCUGAGUCUGGUCAGCGGGCUGCCAGAAGCAGACUCCAAAGCGGCUUGCUCUUGCAUUGCUCCCAAAGCAUUUGCAAAGAAGUGACUCUCAGGAUCCAACCCUUGGGGGUUUCUAGCAAACCUCCAUCACAGCCUACGUUGGACGGCACAGCGCAGCACUGAUAAAGGACUGCAGGCAAUUCCAGGUCCAUCAAAGGUAGACAGCGCUUGACAGGUGUCCAUGUCCUAUGACCCCAGCUGACUCCCUGCCCUUGGGGCAGGGGGCUGGACUCAAUGAUCUUCCAAGGUCCCUUCCUGCCCUAAUGUCUAUGAAACCUAUGAAAUCUAUGUCUCUUGCUAUGUCAUAAAUAAAACAGAUAUUGAGUGAUGGUCCUGGCUCUCCACAAAGUCCUUGCAGAGUUGUAUUUCAGCUCCUUACAGCCUCCUUCUGUGGUUUCUGACUCCUGUCUUCCCUCCCUGUAGGCCACUAAGAGAUAGCAAUGCCAAAACCUUGUUCCUCCAUUACUUUGCUCAUGUCAA